CUCCAGUGGUGACAAUGAGCAGCCGGAUGGAGGUGGAGGAUGGGAUGGAGAUGUACGUCUGCCGCGUGGAUGGCUUCUACCCCAGGGAGAUCUAUGCCUCCUGGAGGAGGGGUGGGGAGGAAUGGCUGAAGGAUACCUUCCAUGGGUCUGUGGCCCCCAACGCGGAUGGGACCUACCACUACUGGCUCAGCAUCCGGAUCGACCCCAAAGAGAGCAGCAGCUAUUGGUGCCACGUGGAGCACGACGGCCUGCAGGAGCCUCUGGAUGUGGCCCUGAAAGCUCCGAAGUCCAACAAAGGAUUCUACAUUGGCUACCUUGUGGCUGGUCUUGUCCUGGCAUGUGUGAUUGUUGGGACUUUGGUAUUCUUCAAGAAACGUCAAGAUACGUUCAGAGCAGCACCAGAUAGUGAGGGGUCGGGGUUAGAAGAGGACGGGCAGAAGGAUGUAGCAUUCUCUGAGGACGAGGAUUCCCAGGUUCCUGAGGCUCCUCCUAUUACAGGCUUGUUUCCGCCCGCCUUCUUUGGUUCCAUUCUUUGCAAGGCCAGAGCAGAGGAUAAGAAAGCGGAAAUCGUCCUGCGCAAGACCUUUCAGGCCGUAACGUGGGCAAUCAGGGCAGCGGCUGCCGCUUCCUUUUUUAACACAUCCUCUGCGCUGUGGCUGGAGCAGCUUCAUGAUAGAACCCCCGCUUCUGACGUGCGGCUGCUGCAGGACAUCAAGAAGCUGAUGGCAGCAGCCACUCAGUUUUCAGAUGAUGCCACGCUGGAUGCAGUCAAUUCAGCAGGCCGAGCUAAGAGGGAUUUGAAUCUCACCAUUGACACCUUGCGCACCCUGAGGUUCUCAAUUAAUCAAGAUAAGAGCUAUCUGACCCCUAGCACUAGACUCCAGCAUUUAGGGGCAAUCAUUGACUCGAUGGAGUGUGAGGUGUUUUUGUCACAGGAGCCUCUGACCAAGGGUUCCCUCUUCAGGGAGCUGGACAGGUUGGUCCUGACCACAGACCGCGAUUCUGUUCAGAUGGGGGGCACAUCUGCAGUCCCAGAUAGCGCAGGGAAGAUGGACCCUCACGGAUUUGAGGAUGAACAUCAACUGGCUGAAGCUCAGGGCAAUUCAUCUGGUGCUUCGCUGCAGCAAGUCAGAUUGCAAAUGGCGGCUGUAGUAGCUGCUGUUUUGCCAACCGUUCAGCGCUCGGUAUGGUUCUCUUUCAGUGAAGUGAUAAUUCAGGCACUCUUGUGUUCAGAUGACAUCCAAGAGAGGAAAGCUGGUGUGCAAAAGAUCAUUGAUUUGAGGGGUGCAGACGCCAGCGCGAUGGGAGAUUUUUCUGAACGGGCAAGAAAAACGCCUUUAAUCAACGCCAGGGGAUCCACUCUGCUGGAGCCGAUCGGUUGGUCUGAAGGUGAAUAUGAUGUGCAAACUGACAACAGUUUACAGAGCUAA